UCCGCCCCAACUUGUCCCUUCAAGAAACCUCUCUCUCCAUCACCACAACCCUCUCCUGCCCUUGCUCUUCUUGCCUUCCAAGUUCUCAUUUCAUCCAAUAUCCAUCUACUUAUACAUAAUUCUGGUUCUUAGAUGCUUCUAAUUAUCGUUAAGAGAAAAACCUCCAUGCCAUCCAAUCCAAAUACAGUUCUCAGGUGAAGUUUUUGUUCAGACCCUUUUGUUGUCACAGUUGUAUAGCAUCAUCUUUGCACAACUCUUAUAUAUACAUUUUUUUUCUCUUUUGGAGCUUCUGGUUUAGUUAUUUGAAACUCUAAUGCAGAUGAUCUUGAUUGUUUGUUCCACCUUGCCAAGUUUUCAUUUCUGUUCACUGACAAUCUUCUUUCUUGGUGGGAAGAAAGAAAGAAAUAUCAUGUUAUAAAGUUUUAAGUAGGAUUAGUCCCAUAGUCUCUUAAAUUUGCCAUGGGGUCUCUUGGCAGCCCAAAAAUUUGGGUGCCAUAUAUUAGCACCAAGGACUGUUCUCAGGGUUUCUGUAGCUUAUACUGCCCACAGUGGUGCUACAUCCCCGCCCCUCCUCCACCUUAUUUUGAAUUUCCUGACGAAAAUUCAGGUCCAAAUUUCUCCCCUCUUGUUAUCGCGAUCAUCGGCAUUUUGGCAAGUGCUUUUCUUCUUGUUAGUUACUAUACCAUAAUUUCUAAAUAUUGUGGGAACAUGGAGAGGGAGAGAAGAGAAAAUCAGGACAUAAACGAGGAAUUGGAGGACAAUCACAAUCCGGCACUCCAUGAGCCAUGGCAUGUUGCUACCACUGGCUUGGACGAGGCUCUGAUCAAGUCCAUCACUCUCUGUAAGUACAAGAAGGGAGAUGGGUUGGUUGAAGGGACAGAUUGCUCGGUUUGUCUCAGUGAGUUUGAAGAAGAAGAGAGCUUAAGGCUCUUGCCCAAGUGCAGUCAUGCUUUCCAUGUCCAGUGCAUUGAUACAUGGCUUAAAUCUCACUCCAAUUGCCCUCUGUGUCGAGCUAAUAUUGUUCCUACUACUGUUUCACCGACUCAACUCCCUCCACCAGUGAUGGAAAGUCCACUAAAUAAUGAACCUUCGCAGCAAAGCCAACUUGAGCAUGAAAAUGUAGCUGUAGGAGAAGAUUUGGAAAGGGUUGCGGAAGAAGAGGAAAUAAUGCGCAAUGAGGUAAUCCCAAAGACCCCAUCACGGGUUUUUAGCGAUUUGGGGAAUUCAGAGGAGAGAGAUACCAUAAUUGAGAUUAGAGAUGAAGGAGAGCAACAGAUACGGAGAUCAAUUUCCUUGGAUUAUUCAUGUCAGACCCGUCUUUCAGUAGCCGACAUUUUGCUCAUGAACGAAGAUGAAGAUCCUCAGAUGGGUGAUUGCGAUUGCCAGUUUCCAGGUCAUGUUGGAUCAUCAAAAGUAGCAGUAGGAGAAAUCAGCAAGUACAGCCAUAGAAACAGGGUGUUGCACUGUGUGAUGAGUCCUGUCUCAAUGAAGAGAUCAUUCUCAAGCGGGAGAUUGUUGUUCACUAGGCAUGCCAGAGGACGGGAUGGGAUAAUUCCCACAUUCGAGAGAAGAUUAGAUUACUCAUGAACCAAAAAAACAAGAGGGAGGGGUCUUGGUGUGAAGACUUGUACUGUUUUACUACUAAUCUUAUUUAGAUGUUAGUGUGAGAAUUCUCUUCCACAAAAUGAUGAAGAAAAUUUCUCCCUGUUUUCCAUGACUCGUGUUUUGCUUCCAUCUUGGUUUCUCUGCCUACAUUGUUUGUGGUUCAGUAAAGAUCAUAUGCUUUGGCUUCAAUUUCUUAUAUAAGAAGUUCCCAAUUCUUAAA